GCAUGGCUUGGCGGCAGGGAACCAUGCUGGCGCUGGCGUGCGCUGCUAUGACGGAGGCCUUCGUGAUGAACGGAGGAAGAAUGGCGAUGAUGAAGACUGGAGCAUCCUCUGCACUCUGCAAAAUUCCAUCGUCGCAGCCAUCGCGACUGGCCGCAUGCAAGCCUUCUGCGCUUGCUGGACCAGCUAAGGACGAUCUCGUGUUGGCAUCCUCUUCAUCCUUGAAGUAUGAAUCGCGUCUCCCGGCAUUCCGACAGGCUGUGACAUCUCUCAAGGCCUCGUCUGACAGCGCGGGCACCAAGAAAGCCGGCCGCCUCCUCCUCGGCUUCUACUUCUUCGCAUGGUACGUGCUCAACGUUGGCUACAACAUCGUCGUCAAGAAGACUCUGAAUAUAUGCCCUCUCCCCUGGACAUUUGCAGUGAUACAGCUCGGCGCCGGUAUCCUCUGGUUGGCACCCCAGUGGCUUUCGGGCAUCCGUGCGAUCCCUAAACCCUCAGAGGAGAAUCUGAAGGCUCUGACCAAGGUGGCUGUCUUCCAUGGAUUUGGUCAGCUUGCAACCGUGACGGCGAUGGGACUUGGAUCCGUCAGCUUCGUCAAUGUUGUCAAGGCGUUGGAGCCGAUCUGCACUGCUCUGAUUGGACUGAUUGUCACUGGACGCAACUUGCCGUGGCAGGUCUGGUUGUCAAUGUUGCCGGUUGUUGGCGGAGUUGGUUUGGCUUCAGCAAGUGAGCUAUCGUUCACCUGGGGAUGCUUUCUUGCCGCCAUGUUCUCCAACGUAGUCUACGCAACCCGUGGAGUCUUGUCCAAGGAGUCCAUGGAGAUGUCGAACCCUGGCGAGAACAUGACGGCAGAAAACACAUAUGCCGUCGUGACUCUCAUCGCCUUCGUCCUCAUGUUGCCCUUCGCUCUGUUUCUCGAAGGGUCCAAAGUCGCGUCAGGCCUGGCUAUGGCGUUGGAUGCCGUAUCACCCUUGAAGCUUGCUCAGAUGGUGGUUGCUACGGGACUUCUCUACUACACCUACAACGAAAUGGCCUUCCUUGUCCUCGGCUCUGUGGCCCCAGUGACUCAGUCGGUUGGCAACACAGUGAAGCGAGUUGUUGUCAUCGUUGCCGCCGCCAUUGUCUUCCAAACCCCCAUGACCCCUCUCGGCAUCAUCGGGUCCUCUACUGCAAUCUUGGGUGUUCUCUUGUACUCAGUGAUCAAGGGAAGAUUCCCUGACAAGCCCAAGAAGGACUAGAAUAGUCUUGUACCAUCCUCCUGCACACUGAGAUAUGGCGACGACUGUAGUUUCUCACAGGAACAACAACGAGCAAACACAAUUAAUAAAGUUUAGAAUUC